AUGAGUUCUAGUACAGCGAAACCUAGUUCCUCCUCCAAAUCGGGCCAAGGUGGCUUCGCUGCAAUAGCUCCUAGCAGCCAGGCCAUCUUCCUCGACAAGCUCAAUCGCCGAUCGACGCCUGAUUCCGAGGCACUGGCCAGUUCCGACGAUGAUGAGACUCAGAAUCGGCAGGAGGUCCCCCAACCCGUUGUUCCCCCUCAAAAGGUACGGCGCGCUUCUUGGCUGAACGACACCACCCAGCCUAUCCGCCCGCGUCAGGGUUCAUUCGCUAGCAACUCAAUGUCUCCCACAGCCUCUCACCCCUCCACUCCGUCGGCCGAUACCAACGCAGGUUCCUGGGCUCAGCCAUCCAACAUUAUCGGCCGUGGCCCGGCACCAGCAGCAUUUCCCUGGGGAACGGCCAUCUGGAACUCGGAUCGUAAAGAUCCGCCCUCACGACUGACCGAGGUGUUGCCCUCGCCAACAUCUACAUUGCCCCCGGGCUCGGCAGCUGGAAGCUCUUUUUUUGGGGUCGAUGCCGGGUUCGGUCAAACAUCUCCAGGCCCCCGCGAAAACGGGCCUACCUCACAGAUUCCGUUCGCCAUCCCCCUGCACCCAACACCCAAGACGUACCGCUCGCAGUCGUACUCUGUGGGUCAACUAGACCCGGACAGUACCACCCCUUCUCUGUCCAGUUCAUCCAUUCUGAAUCGCGGCCGCGGCCACCCGCAUUCCGGAUUGCAGCAUCGUCCCUCGCGGCCGAGCAUGCUGAGUGAGAUGUCGAACGAAGGAGGACCGCUCGGCAAACUAAACGAGGUAGAUGAUGACGAUGAUGGCAGCACAUCCGAGUCCAUGCAUAGCUCGAUGCACCAGAGUGUCGAGGCGAAGACUAUCGAGAUGCUCACCCGCGAAAACGCCAUGCUCCGGCAGCAACAGCAACAGCAGGCCCAGCAGCAGGCCCAGCAGCAACAGCAGGCCCAGCAGCAGCAACAGCAACAACAACAGCAGCAGUAUGCUAGCGCGCGUCAUCGACCGAGAGCGUCGACUCAGGCUUCCUACGGCAUGGGAAACGGAUAUGGCCUGAGAGACUCUGUUCCGGAAGAAUCCGAUUACGCCAUUGACGAACUCGAUGAGGGUGGCGACAGCGUCGAUAUGGCCGCGAAAAGGGCUCUGAACAGACGGAUGAGCGAAUUGGGCUCUGGCAUUUCUCGGUCACCUUACGAGAACCGAAAGCUGGAAAACGUAAAGAAAGCCUUUUGGCACAGUUCUCUCGGAUUUGGUGGCCCCGGCGACGGGCAACAGAGCAGAAGGCACUCUUUCGCCGACGUGCCCACCCGACAAGCAUCCAUCAGCUCCAUCAACGAGUCGCUUGGGCCAUUGGAAACCACGCCCGUCGCUGAGUCCGCGCAGGUGCUUGACUACGGGCUCGGGUAUGCCGAGAACACAGGGUACUCCGCUGGCACCUUUGCCGAUGCCUCUAUGCGCUCUUUCCAACAGCGUCAGGCUGCCAUGAUGCCUGAAACGGCCUCUUUCUUCACACCCGGCGGUGGGCUUGCUGCACCUCCCCAAGGCCUAUCCUUCAACAACCCUUUCCCCUCGCCAUAUGGUAUGCAACCCCAGUAUGCCAAUCGCGCCCCUUCGCCUCAUCGGAACGUCUACGGCAUGUCGCAACCGCGGCACAACCAGCUGCUUCAUAUUGUGGUCUUCAAGUGUGCUCGAGCAGACGUCUUUUAUAUUCAGGAAGGUACCGGCCUGACGGUGAAGCCUGGAGACCUCGUCAUUGUCGAAGCCGAUCGCGGAACUGACCUGGGAACGGUUAUGCGGGACAACGUGGACUGGCAGACGGCGAAGGAACUCAAAGAGCACUAUGCCGAAGAGCAGUACAAAUGGCUCAUGAUGUACUCGCAAAACGCCGCCGCCGCGCAAGAUGGCACAGGCGCCGGUCUCAUGGCUGCCGCCAACGGACUUCAGGGUAGUGCGGUUGGCGGCAUGGGACCUCCAAGUCAACACCACAUGCAAGAGGCUAAUGCCGGGGAGCUUAAGCCCAAGCUCAUCAAACGUCUCGCCCAAAGUCACGAGAUUCAUGCCCUCCGCGACAAGGAGGGCAACGAGGCCAAGGCCAAACGUGUGUGCAUGCAAAAGGUUAAGGAACACGGCCUCAACAUGGAAAUUCUCGAUGCCGAAUUCCAAAUGGAUUGGAAGAAAUUGACUUUCUACUAUUUCGCCGACGCAUACAUCAAUUUUAACUCCCUCGUCACCGACCUUUUCAAGAUCUACAAGACCAGGAUCUGGAUGUCCGCCAUCAAUCCUGCCUCAUUCGCUAGUCCGACCCUCGGUAUUCAGGCUCCUAGUGGCAUUGGACCUGGUGCUGUCGGUAUUCAGCGCGCCGCGCAGAACCCUGAACGGCGCCAGCAGCAGCCGCCUGCUCCUCAGCAGCAGCAGCAGCAACAGCAGCAGCAGCAGCAGCAGCAGCAGCAGCAGCAGCAGCAGCACGAGCAGCAGCAUGCCAGCUUCACCGGAGCCAACCCUGCCGCUCGCGGAUUACCUAACACGUUCAGUCCACCUGUAGGAGGCGAUAGAGGUCUGCCCGCGCCAGGGUCCGGUUACGGUCAGGCACCGCAAUCCGGUUAUCCCUACGCUCACCUCGGUGCUGUCGGCAACGCAAACCGCCAGACAAACAUGCCAUACUCAGCCGGCGUCAUGCCGUCGUUGGACACGUACAGCUACCCGCAAUCCGGUGACUAUGCGAUGCGGGGUCGUUUCCAGACGCCACCUCAGGGCUCGACUCCACACGAUUCCAGUAUUUCGACCUUGACACCUACAGGUGACUGGCCUGCUUUCCAGGGCCUCUCGCUGAACACUCGAUGA